AGACAACCUGAAACAUCAGAGCGAAUCACUCGAACUCAAUUCAGAUCGCAAAACUUUCUUCGGACACCGACCUCACUCUACGUCACUGCUGACCUAUACGAGCUCCCGUCAUGGUGCCAAGGCUGGAGAGCGAGUUCCAGCUCCCCAACACCGAGCAGGAGAACUCCAUCUUCGUCCGCGCCCUCAUCUCCGUCGUGUCUGGUGACACCGCCGCCGUCGUCCCGACGCUGCACCAAAAGCCGUCGACAACACCCUUUGCUGCCCCCGCCGUUCCCGCGUGCGCCAGGUGCGGCGCGAAUGGGUGCCGGGGCUGCGAGUCCGCGGCGACCACGGCCUCGAGCAGCGAGGGCGAAGAACGCUCCGCCGCGAGCUGCGUGAAGGAUGGCGGCGUGCGGAAGCGGCGCGCGAGGAAGGGAGGAAAGUUCUGGGGCGUGCGGCAGCGGCCGUGGGGCAAGUGGGCGGCGGAGAUCCGCGACCCGCACCGCGCCGUGCGGAAGUGGCUAGGCACCUUCGACACCGCCGCCGACGCCGCGCGCGCCUACGACGUCGCGGCGCUCGAGUUCCGCGGCCACCGUGCCAAGCUCAACUUCCCUGUCGCCGCCGCGUCUUCAACAGCGUCGGCCUCUUCUUGGGUGCAUGAGCAGCCGCAGCGCUGUUCGGAUAGCCAUCGCGAGACCUGCUGUUCAAAGGCGUCGUCGCCGGUGCACGUAUCGUGCCUGCCGGAGCAAGGAAAGCCGGUGGCGAGGGAGCAUGAGAUCUGGGGUGGGUUAUACGAGAUCAUGAUGAUGGACGAUUGCAAAUUCUGAUUUCUGUAUCGAACGGAGCCAAGGACAAGGGCAUCCAUGUGAGUAUGUGACUGGCAGUAGCGUGGAAUUCGAACAACAGUAACCAUGGGUUUA